GUGACUAAUAUCCAAAAAAGGCCUUCUUCUUUUGCCCUCUUGGCCUUUCCCCUCUUCCUCCGAUCAGUAACCCUAAUCUCCGCCGGCGGCCAAAGAUAAGUUGAAAUUAGCGAUUGAAUCUGUUUGUUGAUCGAUAUAUCACCAGAGUUUUGUAAGGUAAAAGGAAAGGAAAAAUGUACGGAGGGAAUAAUGGUACUCCAAUAUUUCCUAUUUUCUUGGAUGACAAUCAAUUCCAGUAUGAUACUAAUGCGUCCGCAACACAGCUCCAGUUGUUUAGAAAUGUUCCAGCAACAUGUAAUAUUGGCGACAAUAAUAUUUCUUCGUUAAACCGAUCUAACAAGAGGAACAGAGAGUCCGAAGAUAUUGUAACGCAGCAUAAGCUUCAAAUUUCAUUAAAUAAGCUUUACCAAGAUAAGACUGAUAUGUCAGCAAGUAUUCCUAACCCAAAUGCUGUCUCAACUGGGUUGAGAUUGUCCUACGACGAUGACGAGCACAACUCAUCUGUCACAACCACCAGUUGGGGUGUACCUUCACUUCCUAUCAUUACGUCUCUUGGUGAUAAUUUAAGGAGUGAAUUUGAACGCCAGAAGAAAGAAUUUGAUCAUUUCAUUAGAAUCCAGGAGGAACAAAUUGCAAAAGGAGUGAAAGAAAUGAAACAAAGACAUAUGACAUCAUUCAUAACCGCCAUCGACAAAUGCAUAAACCAAAAACUCCGCGACAAGGAACUCGAAAUCGACAGCAUAAACAAGAAUAACAAAGAUCUCGCUGACCAAAUCAAACAAACUGCAAGCGAAGCCCAAAACUGGCAGUACCGAGCCCGAUACAACGAGUCGGUGGUCCACGCCCUACAAAACAACCUCAAGCAAGCCCUAGCUGCACAGGGCACCGCUGCAGCUGAUCAGGGCAGAGAGGGGUGUGGAGAUAGUGAGGUUGAUGAUGCUACUUCUUAUGAUCCUGAUGUUGGCAAAAUGGGGGACGAGAGGAAGAAGAAUGCGGUUGGGGGCUGUAGGAUUUGUACUAAGAGCGAGGUUUGUAUGUUGGUUUUGCCUUGUAGGCAUUUGUGCAUGUGCAGGGAGUGUGAUGGGGUUGUUGAUGCUUGUCCUGUUUGCUUGGCUGUUAAGACUGCUAGCAUUGAGGUUUAUGUGUCUUAAAGAGAGAGAUACCGUCGCUGCAAAUGGUAGCGAUGUUACAUUGUAACCGUAAUUUAGGUAUUUGGUGUUUGUUGGUGGUUGCGGUGUUGUUGUAAACUUGCAAGUAUAAUUUACUAUGGUUAUGAAUGUUACUUGAAACCUAGAGGGAAGAUGUACAAUUGAGCGUUGGUCCAAAGAUAUAAUAAGCUUUUUGUUUUGGCGGAA